AUGUCAGCCACAGUGGCCUUGCCUACUGUGCAAAUCAAUGUCAACUACAAUGACAUCAAAAACCAGGUGCGGGAUUUCUUCACCCACUUCAAGGCGUCGGUAUCUGAAGAUGCGAUGGACUUGGACGAAAUGACCACGGGCGUGAAAUACUUGGAUCUCAUGCAGAAGAUUGCAAACCGUGAAAUCUCCACUCUUCAUGUGGAACUCGACGAUAUCAAGCUGUACCAGGAAAACCAGUUCUUUGGUUCGCAGCCACUGGCCAACGAUUUGGUGAGUCAGGUCCAGAAAAACGCCUAUCACUACGUGGAGUUGUUCAGUAGCGUGGUGGACGAAUUGAUGCCGGAACCCACCAAAGACAUCUCCUACAAAGACGAUGUUUUGGACGUGAUUUUGCACCAGCGGAAGUUGCGAAACUUGCGUGUGUCGCAGGAAAACGCCGAUCAGAUCGACAAUUUGCGGACUGGCUUUGGCGAAAGUAGCAACCCGGACACCCAGGACUCGCAGGCCGGGGACUUGUUGGCGGAGAACUUGUUCCCGGCAAAAUUGACCAGAAGGUACCAUUUGUACUUCAAGCCCUUGUCUUCUGCAACUAAGGCCUUUGCCGUGAGGCAGGUGAAGGGUUCCCACGUGGGCAAGUACAUCACCGUGAGAGGCAUUGUGACCAAGGUGUCAGACGUGAAGCCCUCAGUGCUAGUCAACGCGUACACAUGCGACAAGUGUGGGUACGAGAUCUUCCAGGAAGUCAACUCCAAGGUGUUCCAGCCCCUCACGGAGUGCACCUCUGCGCCGUGCAAGACGGACAACCAGCGGGGUCAGCUUUUCAUGUCGACGCGGGCGUCCAAAUUCCUGCUGUUCCAGGAGGUCAAGAUCCAAGAAAUGGCCAACCAGGUGCCCGUGGGCCACAUCCCGCGGAUGCUCACAAUUCACGUGGAGGGCGACCUUGUGCGGUGCAUGAACCCUGGCGAUAUCGUGGAUGUGUCGGGAAUCUUUUUGCCAUCGCCGUACACCGGGUUCCGGGCUCUUCGGGCCGGGCUUUUGACCGAGACGUUCUUGGAGGCGCAGUACGUUCGCCAGCACAAGAAGCAGUACGAGUCGCUUGAACUCACGGACGAGGUGAAGCAGAAGAUCUCCAAGUUGCAUAACGAGGGCGGCAUCUACAACCGGCUCGCGGAGUCGAUUGCGCCGGAAAUCUACGGCCACUUGGACGUCAAGAAGAUCUUGCUUCUUCUCUUGUGCGGAGGUGUCACCAAGGAAAUCGGCGACGGCAUGCGUAUUCGUGGCGACAUCAACGUGUGUCUUAUGGGAGACCCCGGUGUCGCCAAGUCGCAGAUGCUCAAGGCCAUCAACAGAAUUGCGCCGCGGUCGGUCUACACAACGGGCCGCGGGUCAUCCGGAGUGGGUUUGACGGCUGCGGUCAUGCGGGACCCCGUGACCGACGAGAUGGUUCUUGAGGGAGGAGCGCUUGUUUUGGCCGAUAACGGUAUCUGCUGCAUCGACGAGUUUGACAAGAUGGAGGAGAGCGACAGGACCGCGAUCCACGAGGUCAUGGAGCAGCAGACCAUCUCGAUUUCCAAGGCCGGAAUCAACACCACGUUGAACGCCCGAACGUCGAUUUUGGCGGCGGCAAACCCGUUGUAUGGCCGCUACAACCCGCGGUUGUCGCCCCAUGAGAACAUCAACCUCCCUGCUGCGCUUUUGUCGCGUUUUGACAUCAUGUUCUUGAUGUUGGAUCACGCCAGCGAGGCGGGCGACGAGCAGUUGGCCCGCCACGUGACGUAUGUGCACCAGCACAACCACCAGCCACCAAUGGAGUAUACGCCACUCGACCCACAGACGAUCCGCCAGUACAUUUCCAUUGCUCGCACGUUCCGGCCCGUGGUGCCGAAGGACGUGGGGGAAUACGUGACGCAGUCGUACAUCAACAUGAGGAAGGAGUCGCAGAGAAACCAGGACUCUGCGCGGAUGUUUGUUCACAUCACGCCUCGUACUUUGUUGGGCAUUUUGCGUCUUUCGCAGGCAUUGGCACGCAUCCGGUUCGGCGACACCGUCACCAGGAACGACGUGGACGAGGCCUUGCGUCUUCUCCAGGUGUCCAAGCUGUCGAUGGAGUCGCGUGAGCAAGAAAGAGAGGACCCCACGUCGCAGAUCAUGGGCCACAUUCGCCACACUGUGACAGAGCAGCAGACAAACCAACUCGACAUGGCAAGCUUGAGAGAACGAGUCUUUGCGAAGGGCUACACUGCUGAGCAAUUCGAGACCUGUAUCGGCGAAUAUGAGGCCGUCGGUCUUUUCCAGCUUGUGGACGGGGGAGAAAGCUUGAUGAUUUUGGAUCAAGAAAUAUAG